GCAGAAUAAAACAGGAUUACUUUGGCAUUUAGUGCUUGAUAGUCAAAAUGGCUGAGACUCCAAAUCUAAAACCAAAUAGUUAAUACUGAGUAUUUAACAGGGAAUGCACUAAUAGAUUUAAGAAUUCAUGGAACAUAGCACAUUAGGAAUAUGUUUGUGAUGAAAAGUCACGGACUUGAAACGUUCACUGUUCCUCUCUCCACGGAUGCUGCUUGACUUGCUGAGGUUAAUUUGUGUUUAUUGUAUUAUCUCCUGUGGUGUUAUAUAAACUGCAGUGAAGGAAUCCUCUCCAAAUCGUCGCACAAACUUGUUUUCCCCUGUUGGUUAGGAAGGGUAGCUGGAGUAAUGCAUGACAUAUUAUGAUGGAUGUGAGGGAAGGCUGGAGAGAGAGAGAGCAGGGUGGUCACGCAUGUGAUGUCACAUAGAUGUGUGUGUGAGAGAGAGAGAGAGAGAGGAGAGAGUAAAGAGAGAAAGAAACACACACAGAGUUGGCGAGGUAGUCAGACAGAAAGCACCGGGAGAAUGGCAUCGAUUGGAGACUUCGAUCCGCUGCAAGCUACAGUCCCUGCCACCAAGAUCGAGAUCACCGUGUCUUGCAGGAACCUCCUUGAUGUGGAUACCUUCUCCAAAUCAGACCCCGUUGUUGUGCUUUACAUCCAAGGGAUUGGCAGCAAAGAAUGGCGGGAGUACGGAAGAACUGAAGUGAUUGAAAACACGUUGAGCCCAGAUUUUGUGCGGAAGUUUGUCCUGGAUUACUUCUUUGAAGAGAAGCAGAAUUUACGUUUCGAUGUGUACAGUGUGGACUCAAGGAGCACAAACAUUUCAAAACACGUUUUCCUUGGCCAGAUUUUCGUCACUCUGGGAGAAAUCAUUGGAUCUGCAGGCAGUCGUGUGGAGAGAUUGCUAACGGGCGUCCCCGGCAAAAAAUGUGGAAUGCUGAUCUUGUCUGCUGAAGAAUUAAGCAACUGUCGGGACAUUGCAACAAUGCAACUCUGCGCUAACAAGCUGGAUAAGAAGGAUUUCUUUGGAAAAUCGGAUCCGUUUUUGGUCUUUUAUCGAAGCAAUGAAGAUGGAACGUUUACCAUCUGCCACAAAACGGAAGUGGUGAAGAACACACUGAACCCAGUCUGGCAGCCGUUCACCAUCCCAGUCCGAGCUCUCUGCAAUGGGGACUAUGACAGAACGGUGAAGGUGGAUGUCUAUGACUGGGAUCGGGAUGGCAGCCAUGACUUCAUUGGAGAGUUCACCACCAGUUACAGAGAGUUGUCCCGAGGUCAAAGUCAGUUCAACGUCUACGAGGUCUUAAAUCAUAAGAAAAGAGGGAAAAAGAAGAAGUAUGUGAACUCUGGGACGGUGACUCUCCUUUCCUUCAAAGUGGAAUCUGACUUCACUUUUGUAGAUUACAUUAAAGGCGGAACCCAGCUAAAUUUCACCGUGGCAAUAGACUUCACUGCAUCUAAUGGGAAUCCUUCACAGCCCACCUCACUCCACUACAUGAACCCCUAUCAGAUGAACGCGUAUGCCAUGGCGUUGAAAGCAGUUGGAGAAAUCAUCCAGGACUACGACAGCGACAAACUCUUCCCGGCUUUAGGAUUCGGAGCGAAGCUGCCACCCGAUGGGAAGGUGUCCCACGAGUUUCCUUUGAAUGCAGACCUGGACAACCCAAACUGCAACGGGAUAGAUGGUGUGUUGGAGGGAUAUUACCAGAGCCUGCGACGAGUGCAACUGUACGGACCAACCAACUUUGCACCAGUCAUUAAUCAGGUCGCCAGCUGUGCGGCUCCAGUGACUGAUGGCUCCCAGUAUUUUGUGCUGUUGAUUAUCACAGAUGGAGUGAUCUCAGACAUGGUACAAACUAAAGAAGCCAUUGUUAAUGCCUCAGUCCUUCCAAUGUCAAUAAUCAUCGUUGGAGUGGGACCUGCAGAGUUUGAUGCAAUGGAGGAGCUGGAUGGGGACGAGGUUCGAAUCUCCUCCAGGGGUCGAUACGCUGAGCGUGAUAUUGUGCAGUUUGUCCCAUUCCGAGACUAUGUCGAUCGCUCUGGCAACCACGUCUUGAGUAUGGCUCGGCUUGCUAAGGACGUGCUGGCGGAAAUCCCAGAUCAGCUGCUCUCCUACAUGAAGACAAGAGACCUAAAGCCUCGGCCUGGCCCUCCCUCCUACACAUCCGCCUCACAACAAUCAUUCCACACAAGGAUCUGAGGACAAACACUCUCUCUUUCAUCAUUGUACUUAUAGACUGCUUUUAAUAUAAUUCCAAUUGGAACUUCAGUGUACACGUGUUUGAGAGAGAGAUAUGGACAGUUGUCGAACUUGCCUCUGUUCCAUUGUAGAAAUAUUGGCCCUAUCUAUUCCAGCUGCUGAUAUCAUCGUGGUCUUCAUGGAUGGAAAUAACGGACAUAUAUUGGAUGAAGUCCAUCUAUCACUUCCAGUUUAUAGCUUGGUUACUCUGUUCCACUUGGUGUUGCCACAAAUAAUUAUGCUCUCCUCCUCCAGUUGCCUGUAAAUGAGCUUUUGAUGUUUACGCAGUGUUCCUGUCAUAUUAGUUCAGACGCCAGUGGCAGCAGUAACCCCCAUCGAUGCUGCAUCGUGAAGCUGCCCUCUGUAAUCGGUACUUGACAGAGGCAACUACAACAUAGAACAUUAGGGAAAGUACAGCACAGGAACGAAAAUGAUCACACGAGGUAUAGAUCGGGUAGACGCACAGAGUCUCUUGCCCAGAGUAGGGGAAUCAAGAAGGACACAGGACAAGAAGAUCACCCCCUCAUUACCCUGCGCUCCUAAGAAUAGAAUCCUAGCCUGCUCAACCUCUCCCCAUAGCUCACGCCCUCUAGUCCUGCAACAGUGCCAGGAUAAACUAAUCUCAUCUGCCUGCACAUGACCCAUCCCCCUCGACAAGGAAUAUCUUUGUUUCUUUUUGAUAAGUUAACAUUGAUUUUGUAUUUCAUUGACAUCAAUGUGCUCUGCAGAAGGGUGGAACACCAAGUUUUUUCCACAUGGAUUUUAAACCUUACCGAUCAAUCAAUCCCAUCUUCCGAUAAGCUUUGAAAUCAGCAGCUCAGGAUUCAACCACCAGACAGUCAACACUAGCAUUCUACGAAUAUCUGGAGAUGAAUGCAAAAAAUGCCAACCCAUGUACAGUUCAUGAAAGCAAUCAUUGGGCAGUUCCUUAAUCAUCUUCCAAUCCAGGCCACAGAGGGCGGCACAGUGGUGCAGAAGUAGAGUCGCUGCCUUACAGCACGAGAGACCCGGGUUCGAUCCUGACAAACCAAGCUACCUGUACGGAGUUUGUAUGUUCUCCCUUUGACCACAUGGGUUUUCUCCGGGUGCUCUGGUUUCCUCCCGUACUCCAUAGAUGUACAGGUUUGUUGGUUAAUUGACUGGUAAAAUUGUAAAUCGUUCCUAGUGUGUAGGGUAGUACUAGUGUACGAGGUGAUUGCUGGUCGGUGCCAUCUCAGUGGGCCGAAGGGCCUGUUUCCGCGCUGUAUCUCUAAAAUCCAGAGACGGAUGGAAUAAUGUCAACCUGUAAGAACGAGUCUGAAGAAGGGUCACCCAUUCCUUCUCUCCAGAGAUGCUGCCUGUCCCACUGAGUUAUUCAAUUUUUUGUGUCUAUCUUUGGUUUAAACCAGCAUCUGUAGUUUCUGCCAACACAACCCGCAUACAGUUCAUGAAAGGAUUCACAAGGCAGUUCCGUAAUCUUCUUCCAGUCCAUCUACAGCAGGGCUCCCAUCAGUACAUUAGCCCUCCAUUAUCAGCAUUCACACUGUUGGACCUGGUAUUUUUAUUGUGUUUCCAUUGCCCAUACAAUGCCUCAAGUCACAUUAUUAUCCCCGAUCGAUUCAGAAACUAUUUCGAUAAGCCAUGACGAGGUCCCUUUGCCAUGCAUCAUGGUUUAUGCAACCACUGAUGAACCACAAGAGUAAUGUUUUCCCCUGAGGUUAGAUUGCCAUCUAAACCUUCCUGAAAACAUCAGCAGUCUCCUGCUACUUAGAAUAUUCAAGGGCAACUUCCUACAUCUAAAUGAAAAGAAGCCUUUUUGUGAUGUAUACAUGUGAUACUGCUUAGUUUUAGUUUAGAUUAGAGAUACAUUGCGGAAACAGGCCCUUCCAUCCAAUGAGUCCACAUCGACCAGUGAUCCCCGCACACUACCACCAUCCUACACACUAGGGACAAUUUACAGAAGCCAAUUAACUUACAAACCUAUACGUCUUUGGACUGUUGGAGGAAAACGGUGUACUCGGGAAAACUCACACAGUCACAGGGAGAACGUACAAACUCGGCACAGGCAGCGCCGGGGUCAGGAUCAAACCUGGGUCUCUAGCGCUGUAAAAGCCCUGUCCCACUGUACAAGUUCAUUCAAGAGUUCUCCUGAGUUUGCCCUGAUUCAAACUCAGAGAUUUACGGUAAUGGCUGCUCGUCGGUACUCGGGGCUCUCGUGGACAUUUUUCAACAUGUUGAAAAAUCUUCACGAGUCUUCCCGAGCUUACCUGCUUUUAGCGAGUCUUUCCAAGUACUUGCCGUUAGCGUUACGAGCCGCUAAGAGACGUCCCCGAGCUCCGACGUACCUGCUACAUUCAUUAUCCGUGCUUACCAUGAGUUUGAUUUUUUUUUAAACUCGGGAGAGCUCUUGAAUAAACUCGUACAGUGGGACAGGGUCGUUAGGCAGCAGCUCUACCGCUGCACAAUUAUGCUGCUGGUUCUGCACUAUAGCAGUCAGUUCAACAUCCUGUUCAUUUUCCAGCGCUCUUUCUAAACGUUAUGGUCACAUCUCUGUUACCUUAAAUUGCGUCCUGUACCAAUCAACAUUUUACACCCCAAGACCAACAAGGCAGAUAGUGCAGUAGUUUGGUGGGAUAUUUCCUUCCUCUCAUCACCACUCGAAGACUUGCAUAUUAAGAUCUAAUGGAAAAGCAAAUUCGAAGUCUACAAUGUCAAAUCAGAGAAUACUCAGAAGGUUAGGCAGCAUCUACGGAUAGCGAAUGUUAUAGAUCGAAAACCAAGAAGCAGAAUUAUUUGUAGUAUUUUCUGUUUAUACCUCGGAUUUUCAGCAUCUGCGGAACUUAGUUAUUUUAAUCCCUAUUGCAAAGUAAUGUGUUGGACCUCCACUGUGCAUCCGUCCAUAUUGCCUAACCACACUAUUAUGCAUUGAAAGUGUUCUGUAGUAGCUAACCUGGAAUGUGGCUUUUGGAUAUUCAAGACCUCACUGUAAGGGUGCAAUUCCAUUGAAUAUCCACAACCCUGGGGCCGCACUGCUUUGUGAAUAGUUGAUGUUUCCUGUGGAUUUGCGCCGCAAGUGUAUCUUGCAGAACACUGCUACGUAGCUUUAGAGUCAUGGAGUCACGCAACACGGAACUCGGCCCAACUUGUCCACGCCGACCAAGAUAUCCCAUCUACGCUGGUCCUACCUGCCUGCGUUCAGCCCAUAAUCCUUCCAGACAUCUGGAAGCAACUGUCUUGCCCUGCUGAUGAGGCUGAUAUUAGUCAUCUCUCAAAUGGAGAAAAUGAUGAUUGACAGGAAAGAAAACUGAAGACGUCAACUCCUGCCAUUCUGUAAUGGAGCACAUCAAUACAAUGCCAACUCGAGGUCAUGCCCAAUGAUAUUUGUGUUUUGCAUUAUGAAUCUAUUAAAAAAAUAUAUAAGGGUGGGAGUGACUUUUAUACAAAUGUUUUUUCUUUGCCUCCUUUCUUAAAGUCUUUUGCCUCAUGCUGGUUGAAUAAUUCAUUGGUACCUGACAUGUAUGCAUUCCUUAUUAGUGAACCUGGAGACUAUGAUCAGACUCUGCCACCACAGUAAGUUACAGCCAUCAUUACUCACCAUCUUUCAUAUCUACAAUGCUUCCCCAUGCAAACCUCUGGAACCAUAAACAACAAAAUCAAAACACACCUCCUUUGAAAGACCUGAAAACUCUUUUUCCCCAAUCGACUAAAUAUCUACAUCUCUUCAUGAGUCAAAAUGUUUAAUUGUCAUUUGUACCGACACCAAAAUAAUGAAAUUCUUAUUUGUUACAGCAUAACAGACCUGUAAAUGCAAUACACAUCGAUAAUAUAUAAGAAAGAAAAAAUAAUUAAUUAACAACCACAUUAUUAUAAUAACCACACCUCCCGCUGCUGAAAGACUCAUCCAUGCCUUCAUCUCCUCCCAACUGGACUAUUGCAACUCACUUCGCCUUGGCAUCAGCUCCACCUAUAUCAACCGACUCCAACUGGUCCAGAACACAGCCGCCCGACUCAUCACCCACACCAAAUCCUGGCAUCACAUCACUUCAGUCCUCAAACAACUUCACUGGCUUCCCAUCUCCCACCAGAUCACCUACAAAAUCCUGGUCCUCACCUACAAAGCCCUCCACCAUCUGCCCCCCCCCAUAUCUCACUGACCUCCUCUCCCCCUACCAACCCUCACGGUCCCUCAGAUCCACAUCAUCCGGUCUCCUCUCCAUCCACAAAUCCAACCUCCGCAGUUUUGGGGACAGAGCCUUCUCCAGGGCAGCUCCCAGGCUCUGGAACUCCCUCCCCCAACUGAUCCACAAUUCCGUGUCCCUCACCAUCUUCCAGUCCCGCCUCAAGACCCAUCUCUUCACCUCUGCCUAUCCUUAGCCCCACGUCCCCCUCCCUUUUCAUCUGUGCUUGAAUUGCCUCACAUUGUGUUUUGAAUUGAAUUCUGUCUUUAAUUUGUGUACUAGUCAUGUCUCUACUAUUUAUUUCAUUCCGCUUACAUGUUUUUCCUCUACUUGCUAAAUUUUUGUAAGGUGUCCUUGAGACUCUUGAAAGGCGCCCACAAAUAAAAUGUAUUAUUAUUAGUAGUGCGAAAAAUAACUCAAACAUAUUAACGCAACCAAAGACAGUCUGUGGAACAUCAUAGUUGAGAUUAGUCGUAUCAUACACUGUGGAAACAGAUUCUUCAGCUAAAAUUGUCCACACCGACCAACAUAUCCCAUCUACACUGGUCCCACCUGCAUGUGUUUGGCCCAUAUACCUCUAUACCUGUCCUAUCCAUGUACCUGUCUAAUAGUUUCUUAAACAUUGCAAUAGAUCCUGCCUCAACUACCUCCUCUGGCAGCUCGUUACAUACACCCAUCAGCAUCUGUGUGAAAAUGUUACCCCUCAGAUUCCUAUUAAAUCUUUUCCCCUUCCCCUUAAACCUAUGUCCUCUGGUUCUCGAUUCUGCCACUCUGGGUAAGAGACUGU